UGGGAACAGUUUAGCCUCUCUCUGGCGUUUAUUUAGUUGCCUAAUGCUUUCUGACAAACCCAUCGGUCAGAAGAGUAAUAUUAUUGCCAAAGCAAAUAGAAUCGCUCUUCGGUUCCAGUAUUGAACAUCUAGCAGCAGCAACAGAGCUGAUGGGGUCUUUGUUAAGAAAGAUCUCUAUAAAAUAUCCUAGUUUUGCCGAAUACUGGAGAACAAACAGACGAUCUCCUCAAAACAGAAGAAUCUUUUGUAGAGAUGCUGAACAUGGAGAUUUUCAUUGUGCAAAUGCCGAGUGUCUUUCUUCAUACUAUAGUGUUUUUGUUGCUCGCCUUGCCAUCAUGGCCAUGCUUGCAAUUCUGAUAGGGCUUCUGACCUUACUGACUUGGCAUUUUACAAAGGUAUACACCAAUAAAUCACUGGAGACUUUAGCCUAUGGACUUCGCUAUGAACUCUUACAGCGUCCCAUUUUACGAAUGUGGAAUAUCUUCAACUCAACUGUUGAAAUAACAACUGCUCAAGUAAAGCUAUCAGAGUUUUUGAUAAAAAAGUAUGGCAAGCCUGUGAAUCAAGCAGAGCAAGUAGAGCUAUAUCAAGCAAUGAAGGAUGUAACAUGGGCUCUGUUUGCCAGUCACAAAGCUCUUAAAUCCAUAACCAUGAAUUACAAAAAUGGGUUUGUCCAAGCUUUUCAUAGAGAUCACAGGAGUAAUAAUACAUUUUAUAUAUACUCCGACCUAGUCAACUACUCCAUCAGUGGUUCUUAUGAUAUGAACAUGCUUUCUGCUCAUCGCGGGUGGAAUGAUCAAUCUGUACACAAUAAUAUAUCUGCAAUUUGGUUCCGGGAACCACUAGAUCCUCUCACCGGUGAAAAGACUGGGAAAGCAAUGCCAAUUCCACCUGAUGAUCUAAUUAACAUUGCUGGGAUUUCACAGGUACCAGACGGUGUAGCUUCAUGGCAUGUAGCAGUAAGCAAGUAUUCAGAUUCACCCUUGCUUUCGGCUGCAUUGCCAGUUUUGGACUCCUCCAAGCAAAAAAGUAUAGUGGCUGUUGUGGGUGUAACCACUGCAUUAUAUAGUGUAGGUCAGCUGAUGAAAGAGCUUGUCGAGUUCCACACUGGUCACAUAUACUUAACAUCUAGAGAGGGUUGGUUGCUCUCUACUUCCACAGACACUCCUCUUUUGAUGAACUCAACAACUGGGCCAAAACUUAUGAUGGCUGCUGAUUCUGAAGAUGUGGUAAUACGUUCAGGAGCUAAGUUAUUACAGAAAAGUUAUGGUAGUGACACUCCUGCUAAUCACACGGUCCACAUAAAGGAUGCAAAGCUUGGCAAUCAGCUCUAUUACAUUGAUUCAUUUAUUCUGAACUUAAGAAGGCUUCCCAUGGUGGGGGUUAUUAUCAUUCCAAGAAAGUACAUUAUGGGGAAGGUGGACAGGAAAGCCAAGAAAACAUUGGUGAUACUCAUAUCUGCUUCCCUGAGUGUACUGGUCACUGGAUGUGUUUUCAUAUUCAUAUUGACAAAUGGAGUGUCAAAGGAGAUGAAACUAAGAGCAGAAUUAAUAAGCCAUUUAGAUGCAAGAAGGAAGGCAGAGGCCUCGAGUAAUUACAAAAGCCAGUUUUUAGCAAACAUGAGUCAUGAAUUGCGAACACCUAUGGCUGCAGUGAUUGGAUUACUGGACAUCCUGAUGUGUGAUGAUUGUCUCACUAAUGAGCAAUACUCGACAAUUACCCAGAUCCGUAGAUGUUCAACUGCUCUACUAAGGCUUCUUAACAAUAUUCUGGAUCUGAGUAAGGUUGAAUCUGGAAAGCUGGUACUGGAAUUAGCAGAAUUUAACUUGGAACAAGAACUUGAAGGACUUGUGGAUAUGUUCUCCGUGCAGUGCAUUAACCAUAAAGUUGAAAUUUUUCUAGAUCUUUCAGAUGAUAUCCCAAAGUUAAUUCAAGGCGAUUCUGGCAGAGUUGUGCAGAUUUUUGCAAACCUCAUCAGCAAUUCUAUCAAGUUCACGACAUCGGGCUAUAUUGUUCUAAGAGGAUGGUGUCAGAAUCCAAAUACCUCCAGAAAUGCCAGACAGUCUUCCUUUGCUCAGACGAACUCAAUAUCACCUAAUAAAACACAUGACGAAAAUUUCUACAAGAAAGACAACCGAUUGAUUCUCUGUUUUGAAGUUGAUGACACUGGCUGUGGAAUUGAUCCAAGCAAAUGGGAAUCUGUGUUUGAAAGCUUUGAGCAAGCCGAUCCUUCAACAACUCGAUUGCAUGGUGGAACUGGGCUUGGUCUAUGCAUUGUCCGUACCUUGGUGAAUCAGAUGGGUGGAGAAAUUAAAUUUGUCAACAAAAGUGGACCAGGGAGUCUCAUGCAACUUUAUCUGCUUCUCAGGGCUCCUAUAGAUGGGACAACAGAGCACUACAAAUUGAACUUCCCAGAACAUAACCUGACAGUUUUGCUUGCACUUGGGGGAAAGAUGGGUAGAUUAAUUAUGUCCAGUUGGCUACAGCAACAUGGUAUAUCCACUUACGAAGCAUGUGACUGGAAUGAACUAACAUCAAUUCUCCAGGAACUCUUUCAAGAUGGGAGCUACAUACAAAAUUUACCCAAUCAUUCUUCAAUAGCUGAAAAACAUAAUACUGGGGACACGAGGACCUCAACAUUCAUCAUAGUUAUUGAUAUAGUACUACUUAACCUGAGUACUGGCAUAUGGAAGGAACAAAUUAGUUUCUUGGAUAGAUAUCGUGGUAGGGCCAAGUUUGCCUGGAUAUUGAAUCACGACACCUCCAGUAAUAUCAAGAAGGAGCUUUCAAAGAAAGGGCAUCUAUUGAUGGUAAACCGACCACUGUACAAAACAAAGAUGAUCCAAAUAAUAGAAUCUGCUAUAAGAGACAGUGAACUGCAAACAAAAAUAAAUCCUCUGAUAUCUACGGUUGUUGAUAGGGAGAUGCAUGAAUGUCUUGAAAUGGGUCCUAUUCAGUCUGAAGGCAAGUUGGAGGGAAAUCACAAUACUAGCGAUGGAUUUGAAAAAAACUCAAGUAAACCCUUUUUGUCACCAUAUGCAGCAGUUAAUAAUUGCUUUGUGGAGUUAACAGAGGUUCACUCAGACAAAAACGAUUUGAGAAGACGUGAGCAAGAUCAAAGAGGCACUUCAAAUGACAUUCAAUGCCUUACAAGUUCAAAUACAAGGGGAAGCCAGACUUCUCUACAAGGUCUACGUAUACUUCUGGCAGAAGAUACACCAGUACUCCAGAGAGUUGCAACCAUAAUGCUUGAAAAGUUGGGUGCAGAAGUUGUCGCUGUGGGAGAUGGUCUGCAGGUAGUCAAUGCACUACACUUUGUGCCUAAGCCAGACAAAUAUCAAGAGGACUCUCCCCAGGCAGAUGAAAACCCAGGUAGUCAAACGGAAGAAUCUUGUUUCUCGACGUAUGAUUUAAUCCUUAUGGAUUGCCAGAUGCCAAAGAUGGAUGGAUAUGAAGCAACAAAAGCUAUACGAAGAUCAGAAAUAGGAACCACUUGGCACAUUCCUAUUGUGGCACUGACUGCCCACGCAAUGUCAUCAGAUGAAGCCAAGUGCCUAGAAGUUGGCAUGGAUGCAUAUCUAACCAAGCCAAUCGAUCGUAAGUUGAUGGUAUCCACCAUUCUUUCAUUGACCAGAAGAACAACCAUCUAAGUUGAUCGACAUCAAGCCAUCUAAUAACCAGGAAAGGUCUCGCACUAAUACAGCUUUAAUUGUUAUAUAGAGCCAUGAUGUAAGACAACUGGUAUAUAUGUAGCACAAAGCACAAGCGAUCACAUAACAAAGAUGAAAAUGCAAAAUUUCUUCAUUUCAGAGUGUUCCCUGAUAAAGAGUACUGUUCAGUUAUAUGUGUGUUUUGGAAAAACAGUCCAUAUCUAUCAUUAUGUUGCUUAAAAAACUAGUUCUUCUAGC